AUGGCGGCGGCCGAACGCUUCUCAAGUCUUGCCGUGGUUCGUCAAGACAAACCAGUGAUUCCAGAGGAAAGCUUUGAGGAGGUGCAGGACCAGGAGCAUCAGGAACGCAGCAAAGCAUCCAGUUGCUUGAGUCCGCGCGCUCGCAGGAUAAGCCACCGUCAUGGACAUACAGGCGUCAGCCCCAGCCAUACCUUCCAAGGCUUGAUCAACCAGGUCAUUGUGCAGCAUUGCUUUGAGAUUCAAGAGCUGCAGGCAAGACUGGACGCAAAAGGACCGAGCAGGGUCAAGUUUGUGUCCAAGAGAACGGGCUCAUUGGACUCAACCAUUGGAAAAAAUUCAGAGGACAUGUCACUGUCCAGGGCCUCCAACAACACGGAAGAAAUGGAUGCUCUCCACGAGGGCAGCUUUGCCAGUGGAAAUGAGUCGGAAUAUUCUGGCGAAUGGGGAUUGGCAAAGAAGCGGCGCAUGAGCUAUCAAUCUGCUGCGUCACCUUCUACGACAGCAUUCUUGAUGAAGAAUCGUGAAAACUUGCGAGAAGUGCAGGCGGAUGACAUCAUCAAUAUGUUGGCGGGGGGCGAUGACGAGGAGGGGAAGCCCGAGAACAAACAGGAUUUCCUCCACCCAGUGGGCAAUGCCAUCGCCAAGCUGACCGGUCAGAAGAGUGAAGGAGGACCUGAUAGCGAGUUUCUAGAAAAAGUUGACUACAGAACUUUGUCCAAAUUCCAGCGGCUGCAGGGUUUCUUGCAAUCAAACACAUUUGAAAUGACCAUCACCGUGUUCCUGCUCUUCAACGUCCUUUGGAUGGCUUUUGAGCUCCAGGUCCACGGUUCAAUGAACGGACACGCCAUCGGUUUUUACGCGGAACCCAUGAUCGACGAAGAUUCAUGGCCCGCCUUUGAGCAGGUCAUUGCGAUUGGUGACCUGAUCUUCUCGGCCCUCUUCGCUCUGGACGUGACAGUUCGGUUGUUGGUUUUGGGGCCGAGAUUCUUCAAGAUAUGUAUGAACUAUGUGGAUUUGGGCGUGACCAUCGCCUCAUUGUUCGAGAUUUUCAUUUUCGCAGCGACUCCAUCGGGCUUUAUUAACCCAGUGCUCUUUCGACUGCUACGCAUUGGUAAGCUGGCAAGGGCACUUCGGAUGGUGACCAUGUCAAAUGUUUUGGCUUCACUUCAGCUACUUCUUAAAUGCCUGGCCGCCAGUAUGGACAUGCUCUUUUGGACGUUCUGCUUGCUCACAUUUUUGCAGUGUGUGGCGGGCAUGAUCGUGAGCACGCUGGCGCGCGAUUUCAUCACUGACACGAAGCAGCCUUUGGACCUUCGACUGGAGGUCUUUCAAUAUUACGGCACUUUUACCAGGACAUUCCUUUCGAUGUUUGAAAUUCUCUUCGCCAACUGGGCACCUCCCUGCCGGGCGGUGGUGGAGGCGAUUAGCGAAUGGUUUUCAGUGUUCUUCCUGCUCUAUCGAUGUGUUUUGGGCUUUGCUGUGCUCAAUGUAGUUAACGCGGUUUUUGUUCAGCAGACAAUGAAAACCGCGAGUUCCGAUGAAGAUCUAGCCUUCAAGCAGAAACAAAAGGAUGCAGCGGUGUACACCAGGAAGGUGAAGAAGUUAUUUCAGACCAUGGAUGCCUCAGGCGAUGGAGCUAUUAAUCUGGAGGAGUUUGCAAAGCUGGUGAAGUCGCCCAAACUCAAGUUUUGGAUGAGUCAGCUUGAACUGGAAUACCAUGACCUCCUCAGUUUGUUCGAAUUCCUGGACAAUGGCGACGGGCAAAUCACCUUGAAAGAGUUCAUAGAGGGCGCAGCACGUUUACGUGGUGGAGCCAAAGCCUUGGACAUUUGGCGCUUGGAAACCAAGGUGGAGGUGUUGUUCGACGAGAUUCUCAGAACCUUGGGGCCAGGACCCGAUGAUUCCAUUUCGCUGACCAAAAGCGUCCAAGAUGUUUUUGCGCAUUCCAGUUACAGGCAUAUGCAGAGUGCGGCAAAGUUACGAGGCGAGACUUUCCCGGCAACGACCCCUACCCCGGACGAUGCUGACUGA